AUGCCUCUCGACAUUCAAGACAACGCCAUUGCUGGCCACGCUGAGGCUCAGCGCGACAUCUACGUCGCCGACGUCAAGGCUCACGGUGGCAAGGAAGACGCUCAUCCCGUCGCCCACCUCGAGUCCGGCGUUGCCGUCGAGUCGAACGACGACUUCAUCGCUCCCACCGACGAGGACCUCGCCACUUUGCGUCGUGUCCCCGAGAAGCUUCCCUGGACCACCUACGCUAUCGCUUUCUGCGAGCUGGCCGAGCGUUUCUCGUACUACGGAUGUGUCCAGGUCUUCCAGAACUUCAUCCAGCAGCCCCGUCCCUCGUACAGUCGUACCGGUGCUGGUGGCGCCAACGGCCAGUCGGGUGCCCUCGACGAAGGCCAGCAGGCCGCCACCGGUCUGAGCACCUUCAACACUUUCUGGGUCUAUCUCAUGCCCAUCCUCGGUGCCUACCUCGCCGAUACCCGCUGGGGUCGUUUCAAGACCAUCUGCAUCGCUGUUUUCGUCGCCAUGGUUGGACACGUCCUCCUCAUCGUCUCUUCGCUUCCUACGGUCCUUGACAACCAGAACGGCGCCAUGGCUUGCUUCGUUAUCGCCAUCAUCAUCAUGGGUGUGGGUACGGGCUGGUUCAAGAGCACCAUCAGCCCCUUGAUUGCUGAGCAGGUCAACGGCUCCAAGCAGUCGGUCCAGACCCUCAAAACCGGCGAACGUGUCAUUGUCGAUCCCGUCUUGACCAUCAGCCGUAUCUUCAUGUACUUCUACCUCUUCAUCAACAUUGGCGCCCUCGGCGGACAGCUCGGCAUGUCCUUUUCCGAGAAGUACGUCGGCUUCUGGCUCGCUUACACUCUGCCCACCAUCGUCUUUGCUCUCUGCAUUCCCGUUCUCGCUUUCGGAAGCAAGUACUAUGUCAAGACGCCUCCCUCCGGUUCCGUCCUGGGCGAGUGCAUGCGCCUCUGGUCUUUCGCCGCUAAGGGUCGCUGGUCGCUCAACCCCAUCACUCUCGUCAAGAACAUGCGUGCCGACGACUUCUGGGAGAACGCCAAGCCUUCCAAGCAGACCGCCGAGUCCAAGCCUCGCUGGAUGACCUUCGACGAUGCCUGGGUCGACGAGGUGCGACGUGGCUUCAAGGCCUGCACCGUCUUCCUCUGGUUCCCUCUCUACUGGCUCACCUACAACCAGAUCACCAACAACCUCGUCUCGCAGGCCGCCACCAUGGAGGUCAACGGUCUCCCCAACGAGGUCGUCUCCAACCUGGACCCCUUCGUUCUGAUCAUCCUCAUUCCCAUCUUCGAUCUUUUCCUCUACCCCGCUCUGCGCAAGGCCGGCAUCAACUUCACUCCCCUCAAGAAGAUUGCUCUCGGUUUCCUUACCGGCGCUCUCGCCAUGGUCUGGGCCGCCGUCGUGCAGCACUACAUCUACAAGACCUCGCAGUGCGGCAAGAGCGCCUCGACGUGCUACGACAUCAACGGUGACGGCAUUGCCGACCUUGGCGCUGACGGAUCUGAGGACGGCGCCGUCUACGUGCCCGCUCCCCUUAACGUGUGGAUCCAGUCGGGCUCGUACAUCCUCAUUGCCAUCUCGGAGAUCCUCGCUUCCAUCACCGGUCUCGAGUACGCCUUCUCCAAGGCCCCCAAGUCGAUGCGAUCGCUCGUCAUGUCGAUGUUCCUCUUCACCUCGGCCAUCGCUGCUGCCCUCCAGCAGGCCUUCAUCGCCCUCUCGGAGGACCCCAACCUGGUUUGGAGCUACACUGUGUUUGGCUGCAUCGCCUUUGCCGGCUUCAUCGGCUUCUCGAUCUCGUUCAGGAAGCUCGACGCCGAGGAGGAUGCGCUCAACCAGCUCGACGCCGGCAAGGUGCACGCCGAGGAGUCCGAGCCCGGUCACUCGGAGAAGUCGCUCGCUCCUUGA